AUGGAGGAGGCAAAAGCCACGUCUCACGGACCAAAUGUGGAGCCGCCGUGUGAUGCGACCAUCCAUCGUCCGUGGCGGCCGCUGGAGUGGGAGAAGGUGCCGCUGGGGCGGAGGCAGAAGGGGCACAAGUCGUCUGUGUUCGUCAUGCCUGACACCACCAUGUGGGACAGAGGCCUCAACCGGACCCUCGCACAUGAGGAAGUCGUCAAGUGCAUGCAGGUGAGGUGACUGACGCGGGCGACAUCCGUGCGUGGAUGAAUGGUCUUUUCUCUCUUGUCAAAUGCAGCUCCAGAUAUACCAGCACGGGCCGCUGGUGGGGACCUUCAACGUGUAUGCUGACUUUGCCCUCUAUCUGAAUGUCGACAUCAAGAAUCAGCAGCCUGACAAACCUGCUGUCUACCAAUGGGACAAGUCAGUAUACAAGAAAGGCAUGGCCUGCCUGUCCGAUCUCAGCGCUCACGCCACGUUGUCUUUCUGGUGGAUGUGUUGAAGGAAGAGCCCCAUCAUGGGCGGCCACGCGGUGGUAAUCAUAGGCUGGGGGGGCGGGGGGAGCACCGGCGUGGAACCAUACUGGCUCAUCCGCAACUCGUAACAAUGCCACAAGAGGGAUUGCCAAGCCACCAACACCCACCCACCCACCAGUGAUCAACCCCCCGUGUCCUUUCCCCAUUAGGUAUGAUCUGGAAUGGGGUGACAAGGGCCAUUUCAGGGUGCGUCGCGGCGCAAACGAGGCUGGCAUAGAGGAGGGCACCACCUACAUCUACCCCGACAAGCUCACCCUGCCGAAGGACAAGACCAUCAGGGACAUGCUCGCCCAUCGCAUUCCGAUGCCCGAGACGCUGCGUCUCGAGUGGGACAGGGCGUUUGAGUUUGUGGAGGGCCACAAGAAGAAGGGCUGCGACAUCGCCCUCAUGGCGCGAGUUAGGCGCAGCUACAACUGUGUGCCCAUCACGGGAAAGACAAGGACGGGCACCUCCUCGCCAACAAGGGUGCGAGAGCGAGCAAGCAACCAACCAACCAACACAUGUCUCAUAUGUGGAUCCUUCCCGCUCAGAUUUUGUUGCCUCAUUCGUUCACGUCAUCGGUCGAGCCGACAUGGGAGGCCAGCAAGCGGACGUCUAUCCUUGAUCUCGUCUUUUGCCAUGCGGACAUCCAUCAGAUCGUGGCUGGUGACCCCGUCCAGGAGCUCAUGCUCUUCGUCCGCGUCACCAUACCAGAGUGGCAGGACGACGUACGCACAUGCACAUGCACCCAAAAGGAAAGAGGAUGCGAGACCACAAGCUGUGCCAUAUAUGCAGGUGAAAGCCAAGACAUGGACGGCCAACUGGACCUUCACAGCACCCGACUUCGACCGCCUUAAGGCGACAAUCGGCGAGACACAGCGAGCAGCUUGCGAGAAUGCCCUCGGAAAGCUUAUGGGCUCCCCCGACAAGGACACCCAAACCAUCUUCGCCUCAGCCCCGAACCGUGUCGUCUGCAAGAAGUGGGCACAGAUCAUAUUUCAUCGGGAAAUCAUGAAGUACGUCAAGAGCAAUAAAGGAGGGGAGGUGGAUUUCGCGGCAGUAGCAGCGAGACUCGAUCGGCUGAACCACGUGUUUGAGCUGGACAUGGAGAAGGGUAUCACUGACGAGAAGGUUGAUGUAUUUUACGAGCCGCCGCUGCACUACGCUGCCCGUCACGGCAAGGUGCCCCUGAUCAAGUGGAUUGUGACGACCGCAUCGGCCAACUUUGCCCGGGCGGACAAGUGAGACAGACAACAGACAGAGACAAGCUUCUCUCUCUGUGUGUGUCUCCCGCUGCAAGGGAUUUUGCCGAGAAGGUGAGGACAAAGGUGGUGAAUCGACGGUCACAAAUUCAGUGGACGCCACUGAUGCGGGCGGCUCUCAACGGACACCUGGACGGUCGGCAAGAAAUCGUUCUUGCUCACGUGCUCCUCGUCUAGGUGCUUUUGUCCUCUCUCCGUUCCCUACAGCCUGCAAAGAACUGGUGUCUCUCGGAGCGGACCCACUUGUCGAUGACGGCAAUCUAAUCAAAGGGAUUUCGGGCCGGGACGUCGCCUACCACAACACAUUCUCAUUGGCCGCCCGCGGGGGCAAUGUCGCCGUGCUGCAAUAUCUGGUAGAGGAGGGCAUCAAGUUCUGCAAAGAGACCUGCACCACCUUCACGGCCGACCACAUGUACUGGGCCGUCGUGGAGGGCGCCAUUCGUGGCAGGGCUGAGGUGGUGGGGUAUCUGCUAGGCGGCAAGACGGGCAUCGCUGAGUGGGAGAGGGAGAAGGGCAAGUACAUCAAGAUGAACGACCGGAGCUAGUAUGACAAAGCUGCUUUGGGCAGUGACCUUCGCUACGCACCCAGGACCCCACUCAUGUGAGCCAACCAACAAGAGACAGGACACAGGGGGGGCAUGUGGCGCCAAUUCAUCCCGUCUUCUCUAGGUAUGCGAUCCAGGGUGGCAGUGUGGAGGUAGUGCGGCUGCUGCUGGACCAAGGAGCCGACAUUGACGACUACAUCCCACCAUGCUACCUCCCAAACGGCCCUGACAGUGUCGUCUAUUGCAGACAGAAUUCGCUCCACAUAGCGGCCGAGUUUGGUCACGGAGACAUGAUGCGAUUGCUGACAUCGCACUUGGCCAACGCCGACUACGUCAAGGCCAGACUGAGGUGAGUGAGCAUCAACCAUGCACUCACAGCAAUCUUGCUGCACCUAAGUGUUUGAUCCAUGGCAUGAAUGGUGCAGUGAGACGCGGCCAGAGUGGCGACUCGACCAGAUCAAGCAUUGCCUCAUGCGGGGCAUUCCCACAGCCUUCCUCAAUAUCACCUCACCCGGCAGCAGCCCUCCGCAUUCGUUCCUCCAGCACAGCCACCACACCAGGCGGACAGAGCAGGAGUACAUCCAGAGCCUCUUCGACCAGCGGCAGUUUGUCAUGCUGACCAGCCCCAUGCUGCGGGCCGCUGACAAUGACGACCCCGACGUGCUGGCGGCGAUGCUGGAGCUCCUUGCUACCAAGAAGAUCGACGUGCAGUCUCGCCUGCUGUGGCAGGAUGCUCUCACCGCGGUGGGUGACUGAGAGGCAGAAACCAUAGAGACCACAGACACAGACACAGACACAGACACACACAAAGUCACUCGAGCCCUUUUGUGCUCUUCAUUCAUGUGCAGACGGUCUUCCACAAGGCCUCUUCCGACCGCAGCGGCAAGAUGAUGCGGACGCUCCUGAGCUACGACAAGGGCGACCUUCCCGAGGAAAUGUUACGUCAGCUUGACAAGGAGACACACGCCUUCACGGUCUUGACCAAGGCGAUCGACCAGGACAACAGCGCUGUGGUCCAAGCCUUGUUUGAGAGCGACUACGGUCCAGGCGGGAGGAAGUUCAUCCACGCGAAUAUGGACGUCAACCAGCCAUUGGAGGUGACGACCGACGCACACAGAGACAUGGACACACAGAUAGAUCCAUACACACAUGGCUGUCUGGUUUGUUUAACAGGAGCUGGGGCCUCAGAUGCUGCAGAUGCCUGUGAAUGUCUUCUCCAACCGUCUCCUGGCAGUGCUGGGCUACAUUGGAAGCGAGAGCAUCCUCGAGUACCUCGCCAAAUCUGGUCAGCCAGUGAGUGACAUCUAUAUUCUCAUCUGUCGGUCUGUGUGUGUGUACUCCCACAUGUGAUUGGCAGGUCACCUGUGGGAAGCCGACACCCACUCCUUCCUGGAGGCUCUCCGCGUGACCUUCGCCGUGUCGAUGAAGCCAGACGAGUGGUGCAAUCCAGAGGUCUUCACCCACCACAGAGACGACGACAAGUGCCACUGCCAUGAGAAGCAAAGUUGCGGCAACACGGGCAACAAGACAGAGACAGAGGCAGCAAAAGCCAAAGAGCCACAGACCCUCUACGGCACCCACAUAGAGCUCGCCAGCGAGAAGAAUAUUGCUGGUGGAUCGACACCGAGUGGCGUGUGGAGCACGGACGAGGAGGGCUGGGGAGGAACGGCUCACUGGGUCCACCUGCUGGCCAGCGACGGGAGCGGCCAGCUGAGGCAGCGACCCAAGGUGAUGCUGCGGCUGCUGUGGAUAUUCGUGCAAGCCCUCGACACCAACCGAAUCGAGGUGCGUGCAGCGAUGCACAACAAUAUAGAGACAGACAGCACCCUGUUUGCUUGUGUGGCGGAGUGCAGGUGGCCAAGCAGGUGGUCCGUGUGUUGGCGCCGCUCUCAUCCUCACCGGCGGAUCAGCACUUCACAGUCCGGGAGUUUGGUGACAAGGCUGGUGCGAGGGACCAGCCGGUGUUCACGCCGUUCCCCUACCUGCUCGUCCACAUAUCGAUGCACUGCCUUGAUAAGCCUGACGAGGUCCUCAAACUCGUCGAAGUCAUGAAACUCUACCUCAACAAGGUAGGUCCUUCCUGUCUGUCCGUCGGCUGCUGGAUACAUGGCCAUUGUUCACUGUCUCUCUCUGUUUGGAUGCAGGCCGACAGCAUCGAGACACAGCAGACGUGGAUCACCAUGGACGCCUUCACGGCCGAUGACACCACCACCAAAGGCGCUCAGGGCAUGGAUCCCAUGCUGACGGCCAUCGGAGGCUCCUGUCCCGUGUUGGUGCACACCUUCCUCACCUGGCUUGACGAGCACAGCAGCCGGCCGUCAGUGCAGGCGUAUGUGAAGCACCUGAGGGGCAUCAGGGAGGACAUUGAGAAGAUGCCCACGGAGCAGGAGGGCUUGAAGGCCCAGGUGCUCGCAUUCCUUAAGGACUUUGCCCCAUCAGCAGGGUACGCUCAGUCAGCAGGAGACAUGCCUUCAUGCAUAUUCCCAUGCCUUUUGUGUGCGUGUGGCAGAGCGCCGUGUGUGGCCAAGAGGGAGAGGGAGCAGGAGGAGCACGAGCAGCAGCAGCGUGACUCGGCCAAGUUCCUCAGGCGGCUGGGCAAGGUCGGCGGCAAGAUGGUGCUCAUCCACAGGACCCUCCUGAACAAGGAGAGGGAGGAGAGCGGACUUGAUGACACAGAGCGGCCUGACUUCAUCCACGGCAGGGUGCGUGAGCCAACAGAAAUGGUUGACCAACUCCUUGUUUAUUUGCCGUGCCUCUCUCCCAUUCCACUUGUGCAGUUGUUCAUAUACCUGCUCGACUACCUCUUCAAAGGCUUCCCGUCCAAGACCUACAAUGCCAUCCUGCCAAUGAGCCAAAGAUCAAUAAUAAAGGUAACCAGACUUACACACUUACACACCUACCCACCACCAAGCUUCCUUCGUUCGUUCUGUGCCAGUCGUGCCACUUCCCUUCGCAAGAGAAAGCCUUCUAUGAUUUCGUCCUAUGGCGCCCCGGUGCGCCAUCGGCCAUGACCGCCGCUGAGCUGCGCGAGUGGGUGGAGAAGGAGGGCAUCGCCGUACAGACCACUUGCGUACUCGGCAGCCAGCCGGCGGAGCUGUGGAUCACUGCAAUGGGUGGGGAACAGGGUGACGUGUCUACCUGUUCGUAUGUCAUGGAUAUUUAUCUUUGUGUGUCUGGCGUGCAGGAAACAUCCAAGCUACGUUGAAUCUGGAGGAGUUCUCGCGGGCCAACCUGCUCAAGCUGCUGCUCAGCUUCCAGCUGCCCAAGCAUAAGAAACCAGAGGCACAGGAGACGUCGGGUGAACUGGUGCUGCCGCCACCCGUCAGCACCGCACCAACAGUGUCUCGACGCGUGAAGCCCGCUGAGACACCGACCACCGCAGAGGAGAAGCAGUGUCACGAGCCUCCAAGGAUCGAUGCCGCCACUGUGGUUGCCCAGGUACGUGAAAAGAGGCAUAGACAGGGACAACAGAGCAAAAGAGAGAGGGCUUCGGUACGUUUGUGUGUCUCGGUUUGUCAUGCAGCGCGUGACGGACCUUUUGAAGGACACUGAGGACGAGACAGACCUGCCACCACCGGCAAUGGCUCCAUCUGUGAGUAGAAGGGUGACUGAGCCCUUGCCUGCUGCGGUGGAGGAUGAAAUGGAGGCUGAAGACGAUAUGGAGCCCGCAGGCAAGCCUCGACAAGAGAGUGGGUGUAUUCCCCCGUCCAUUGGCUGUGUGUGUGUGUGUAUGUGUACUGUGUUGUGUAUUUCAGCCCCUGCUGUGGAGUUGAAGCUGAGCACUGCGGAUGAGUUGAUCAAGUGA